GCGGCUCGGCGGCGGCUCCGGCGGCAGGCCCCGCCCCUCGGCCUCUAUGGCUGUUUGCCCGGCUGCAUUGUGGGAGUUUGACCCGGAGCCGCCGGACGAGGGUGACGAGCCGCUGCCGUGGGCGCCAUGGGGGCCGUGACGGACGAUGAAAUUAUAAGAAAGCGUCUCUUAAUUGAUGGUGAUGGUGCUGGUGAUGAUCGGAGAAUCAACCUAUUAGUGAAGAGUUUCAUUAAAUGGUGCAAUGCUGGCUCUCAGGAAGAAGGCUAUAGCCAGUACCAACGCAUGCUGAGUACUUUGUCUCAAUGUGAAUUUUCAAUGGGAAAAACCCUGCUUGUAUAUGAUAUGAAUCUCAGAGAAAUGGAGAACUAUGAAAAAAUGUACAAAGACAUAGAAAACAGCAUAUCUGGAGCACAUGAAAAAAUUGCUGAGUGCAAAAAGCAGAUCCUUCAAGCAAAGCGAAUACGGAAAAAUCGCCAGGAAUAUGAUGCUUUGGCAAAAGUCAUACAGCACCAUCCAGACAGGCAUGAAACAUUAAAGGAACUAGACGCUUUGGGGAAAGAAUUACAGCAUCUGUCUCAUAUAAAAGAAAAUGUUGAAGAUAAGCUGGAACUAAGGCGAAAGCAGUUCCAUGUUCUUCUAAGUACUAUCCACGAGCUGCAGCAGACGUUAGAAAAUGAUGAAAAACUCUCAGAAGUAGAAGAGGCUCAGGAAGCAGGCAUGGAAACAGAGACAAAACCGUAGGCAAACGCAAGUCUCACCAGCAUGAAGAGAACUAAAUAUCUAUCUUCAUUUCCUUUCAUGUGUUAAAUCAUUGUUACUUUGGUGAAACUAGCAGACUACAGAUGAUAAAUUUUUAUUAAUUUUUUUCAAAUGUCCAACUAGACAAAGAAACUAUUUUAAUGAAGUUUGUUUUUAUGAAAUUUUUUUAUUCAAAUGUUUUCAGUUUGUAUUUUCAUGUAUAUUUUGGUAAUUGUUAAAAUGGUAAAAUUGAAAUUGAUUCUCACAAGUUGUAUUUUACAAAGAAGCACUUCUAGAAUGUACCCAUGAAUAUCUUCACACACGCAUCCAUGAAUGUGUCUGCUUUGGAUAGGGUCUCCAACGUAGUAGCUAAGUCUUCAUGAGCUGUCCAGGGGACAGAAAAGUGAUGAUUCGGCCUCAUGUUGAAGGAUAUUGUAACCAAGUCUUCCUGACUCCCAGACCAGCACUUAAUCACAAUUUCUGUCAUGCUUCUUCUACAUAUGGGGAAAAAACACAUGAGCAAAUUAGUCACUUUAUAACCUAGAAAAAUGAGUUGUUUACUUUUACAUGAAAGUUAAAUCUAGUCAUUAAGGUUUUAAAAUAUUUCUGAAAACCAAUUGGAAUACUCUGUUUGGUUCAUGAAAUCACAGCAUCUGAAGACUUGGAUGUGACCAGGAAUCCUUUCUGGCCUUUCCUCAACAAGCAGCCAUCCCGCCUCUGCUUGGAGACCAGUGUCAGGGGAACAAAGUUCCAAUAAACACGAUACCUUGAAUCCCAAA